UGCGAGUGUCAGAGAGAGAGAGUGAGAGUGUGUGUCCGAGAGAGCGAGAGUGCGCGCGCGCGUGUGUGUGUGUGUGUGUGUAGAGUUUCUGCGGGGAGACGCUCCGCUCCGAUGGUGCUGAAUUUUUCCAAGAUGUCGUCGCUGGAACAGAGACUCUCCCGAAUCGAGGAGAAACUGAAGCAGGAAAAUAACGAACCUCGUAGACGGAUCGACCUCAACAUCGACAUGAGCCCACAGCGCUCGCGCCCGAGGCCCAUCAUCGUGAUCCAGCUCAGUCCUGCUCCAGCCCCUUCCCAGCGUGCAGCUUUGCAGCUGCCGCUGGCCAACGAUGGUGGAAGCCGCUCCUCUUCCUCAGAGAGCUCGCCACAGCACAACUCGUACCCCAGCCGACCACGUCACAUGCUCACGUUGCCUACUCCACCCUAUGGCCUACAGAAGAGCUUAGAGAAUGCUGAAAUAGACCAGAAACUACAGGAGAUUAUGAAACAGACGGGUUACCUGAAGAUCGACGGACAGCGUUACCCUGCGGAGGUGACGGAUCUGAUCAGUGAGGGUGAGAUCGGAAGCGGUACCUGUGGACAGGUGUUCAAGGUGCGCUUUAAGAAAACCGGCCAUGUCAUCGCUGUCAAACAAAUGCGGCGGACGGGAAACAAGGACGAGAAUAAAAGAAUUCUAAUGGAUCUGGAUGUCGUGUUGAAGAGCCACGACUGCCCGUAUAUCAUCCAGUGCUAUGGAGCUAUAGUCACCAACACUGACGUGUUCAUUGCCAUGGAGCUGAUGGGGACGUGUGCGGAGAAGCUAAAAAAGCGGAUCCAGGGGCCCAUACCAGAGUGCAUUCUGGGGAAGAUGACCGUGGCGAUAGUGAAGGCUCUACUGUAUCUGAAGGAGAAGCACGGCGUCAUCCACAGAGACGUGAAACCAUCAAACAUCCUGCUGGACGCUAAAGGACAGAUCAAGCUCUGCGAUUUUGGAAUCAGCGGCCGCCUCGUCGACUCCAAAGCUAAAACCCGCAGCGCCGGCUGUGCUGCUUACAUGGCGCCUGAGAGAAUAGACCCUCCAGACCCCAGUAAGCCCGACUAUGACAUCAGAGCCGACGUCUGGAGUCUCGGCAUCUCUCUGGUGGAACUGGCUACAGGUCAAUUCCCAUAUAAAAACUGCAAGACAGACUUUGAGGUGCUGACCAAAGUGCUACAGGAGGACCCUCCACUUCUGCCUCUCAGCAUGGGCUUCUCCCUUGACUUCCAGUCCUUUGUUAAAGACUGCCUCACAAAGGAUCACAGAAAAAGGCCAAAAUACCACAAGCUGCUCGAGCACAGUUUCAUCCGACGCUACGAGGUGCUGGAGGUGGACGUUGCAGGCUGGUUUCAGAGAGUGAUGGAGCACACCGAGUCUCCACGCAGCAGCCAGUGCUACAGCCAGCACCAGCUCCACUCUCUGUGCAGCAGGUAGCCGCGCACGCAGAGACGAACGGACGGCAAGACAGAGUCAGGGACGGACGAAGAUAGAGCGUGAAGGGUUGUGUGUGAAAAGGGGGAAGGGAUGGAGCAAAGCUGGUUUGAGACAGAGUAAAGAUGACUGACAGACAGACACGAGCAAGUGUGUUGUAAAUUUGAAACCUAUUUAUAUUUAUCUUUAUUUUUUUUCCCUUUCUUUCUCAUCCACCACUCUAUCAGGACGGACCUUAGCCUUAGGAGUUGCUAGUCGUGCACGUUCACAUGUAUAGUGUCAUACACAUUCACUACCGUUAUAAGCUAUAGAGCACUGUACAGUGUAAAGCGACAGCUGUGAAUAUCUUCACUUCUUACAUCACGUAUUGACUUCAAUUCAGUGUAAGCCAUAAGGCUGCGCGGUGUGUGUAGCCGCCCUGCAUAGUGUGUGUACAGUUUUGUGUUCAUACUGACACUGUGUCCUUCACCACGGUCGUUAGCUCCGCAUCCUCCAUUAGCCCCUUACUCAGGGACUGAACAGAGUAGUCGAACAACACUGAGCCAAGGUGUGUGCGUGUGUGCGUGUGUGUGUGUGUGUGUGUGUGUGUGUUUUGUGCAUUUGUGAGUAGUGUUAUUAGUUAUAAAGUCCUCAUUUUCCUGGACAGCUCACAUGUCCAGAGAUAAGUAAUAACUUGAGGAAAAUCCAUGGAAGCAGUAGUGUUUGGAAAAUGUCUGUUUGUCCAUCACAUAAGAGCUAACACAAGGUUAGACAUUUAGGACUUUGUAGAAAUAGUGCUUCAGUGUUAUCGAUCGAAUUUGCUGAUGGAAAGUUCUUUUGCUGUAAAGACAAAAAAAAAUGUGUUUAUCUCGUAGCAUUUAAUCUAGAUCAUGCUUUUAUUAUACACAUCACAGGAGAGUCGAAUAGACAUGCAAGUGGGAGAAAGACUGAGACAAAUUGCUUGUAGAUAAAGAUAACAACUGAUUCGGCUAUUUGUAAGCAGAGUCUAGAUGGAAGUGGCAUUUUUUUUUUCACCAAGCUUCCACAGAGGUCAGAUUGUAAUAGUUAAAAAAGUCUAUCAACAAAAAACAGUGACUUCGUAAGUUAAUAGCUUUAUUGUGUUGAUAGGAAAGUGAGAGAAAUCGAAGCGUCAUGUUCGUUACACAACGUUAAUGUGUCGCUGUUGGAAACGUCAUUGUACCUGUAGCUUUGGUACUUCAUUGAGUUCAAGGUGGUAUUAAUUCCCACCUGUCCUUUUCCUGUCUCCGUUGGCCAAUCGCAGCGCAGUUGGGCGGCGUCCAGCCUUUGACCAGCCCUCAAUCAUGAACUCCUCCAAUGUUGUUUUCUGAAUAAAAUUUCAGCAAAAAACAACCUGCAGAUUAUAUAUUUGGGGGAAAAGCCGAAUGAUCAAAAGGACAAGAAUUUGCGUCAUGGUUAAGCAGUUUUAUUUAUAUUUGUACAAAGAAGAUUGAGAAGGUGAAAAACAGAUCAAAUUAAAUCUGGAUUGAAAGAUGAUGACAAAUAAAUUCUCUCGAACGGUCAACAGAACAGUUUCAGUUAGUCGCUUGUCCAGCUCCAUCUUAAAUCCAUCCUUUUAUCAUCAUUUUCCCUCUUUCUAUAAGUUUGGCAAACCAAAGCAUUUUAGAUUUCUUCACUUCUUCUCCUGUAAUCCCUGAUCACCAGUCCACAGCUUGUAGAGGAGCCAUGUUUCCCAGAACCAAAGUCGUAGCAGAGAAGUCACUGCUCUUCAAAGCCAAAUCACUGCAUGAACGAAGGAAGAAAAACGAGCGAAAGUAAGUGAGCUAGGGAGAAACGGGACACGGUACGUCGACAGAAGGAACCGGAUAAGCAGAGAAGCAGCAGGAUGUUUGGAAAGGUGUCUAAAGGAACGUGAAGGAUGUUGGGAACGUAGGAACGGACAGGCGAGGAGAGAUGGGAAAAGAAAGUGUGAUGGGAGUCGUGAAGUUUUUAUAGUGUAAAUCUUCCUGGCGGUGUUGAGGUUAGCGCUUGAUCUUCACUGACUGCUGGACAUUGCAGAAAAGCUUUCCACAUUAUCAAACCAAUAUACUUGUUUUUUUAUUGCUAGGGAAACUUAGUGUGUUUAUUUUUAUUGCGUUGUUCAUUAUUGUUGAUUUUUUUUUUUAUUAUGAUUAUAUUUAUUUAUUGUUACUGCUGCUAUUGCUUUUGCUUUAGAUGCUGCUGUCAAUAUAUUUUAUUAGCCUUUUAUUUUUUUUGUUCCCCAAAGGUCAAAUAGGGUUUUCUGUUUCCCAAAACCAAAAAAAAAACCGUUGCAAUGUCUACGAAUUAACCAAAUACAUUCAAGACUGAACGUGAAGAAAAAAGACUGUAAGAUCGCAUCAAGGAGGUUUUUAUUUUUUUAAUUUUUAAUUCAACAUGUAUAGUUUUGAAAGUCGUACAAACCCAGUGUUUCAAUUUCCUAGCUAACUAAUUAUUCUUAGAACAAGUAUUAAAUGUGUGAGUGGUCAUGUUUCUAUAAGAGCUCUAUUUCAGCACUCGGCUGUAAUCAUGUACGUAGACGUGAUGUGUGUUAGCUGUAGUCCGUUCCGUCCUGUGGUGGGUGGUAGCGUCUCGUUUCCUCUUUAUUAAUUUUCUGUUGAACACCAGUGUGGGUCGAUGGGCCUUCAACAGAAAGCUGGAUUUGUAUAGAAUAGCGAUUGAUCUUAGCAUAGCUAGAAGACCGGCUUCACACUUUUCCACCAGUCUGCCGUCUUUAGCAGCGUAUCUGCAUUAAACGCGCUAUAAAAUAUCAUCUUGUGUACAGUCUAGAAAAAACAAAAUCUCCAAACCUGCGUGUGACUCGACUCGACUCGACUCCGCACCAUCACCUUCUGUCAGUUUGUCAGUCAGUCAUUUUCUCUUUCUGUCUGUAGAUCUAUCUUAAUAAAAGUGUCAUCCAUUUGUUUAAAAAAAAAAAAAGACACGCCGCAUCAAGCAUAUUAACGCUGAGUCAUGACUGUGAUACAGACACGUCUGUGUGGCUCGCUUGUUAACGUCACGUGCGGAUAAGAGAAGCCACGUUUACAUUUAGAGUACGUUCACCGAGUGCGUUUACAUGCAUAGUAAUAAUCCGAUUAUUACCCCAUCUGGGGAUUAUCCCAGAGCUCGUGGGACUCGACACAUCCGGUGCAUUCACAUGGUCGUGUAACUAGCAGACUGCAUUUUAUUCUGCAUUAUAUGUGCAUUUCAUGACCUUUGCUACUCAGGUGACACCUAGAAUUCAUCCCAAUAAUCUGAGCUACAUUUGUGAUAGAAAACAUUUCAACAGCUCAAUAGCAUUAAAGUCUGAGCCACACAGAGGAUCAUCCGGACUGAUUUUUACGCCUCGGAUGAGCACCGGUUUGUUCGAUUAUCUUCUGUUUAUACCGUGGUGCGGGGUGUAAAUUUGUAACCCCUGAGAUUUUGAUGUCAUGCAUAAAAGACUGAUCCAGUACACAGACCUGCUGUCUGUAGUGUUUGUUUUGAUCUGAAGUCCCACUUAUUUUUAUUUUUUUCAAGAUCUUUUACAAAAUCCCCGGUUCUAAAGGUCAGAUCGAAUCUGGGAUCGUGUAAGAGGUCUCGCCUGUUCGACCUCGGGUAAAGUGGAUCAGACAUUACAAGCUCCCACAUACAGAUUUAGCGUGAUGACAUGACUCGGUUCUAAAAAUAUAAAAAGCUGUGUGGUACUGAAUUCUUUUUUUGAGAUAAAGGUGAUAGACAUCGAAGCAGUGGGAAUCAUCUGAUAACCCAAACUGACCACCUCAUAGUAACAUGUAUACGCAGCAAAAAUGCAGAUCCAGUGGAUUGGAUUUGAUCAGCACUCGGGCCCUGAUAGAGACAUACACUUUACUAUUAAGCAAUAUUUGUAGCAACAUUUACUAAAAUAAAUCUACUGACUGACUCGAGUAAAAUGACUUUUUAAUCUUUAAUAAUCUUCAGAUUAUCCUGUGCAUGUAAAUACACUCAUACGGAAGCUUGGAUUAAUCCGCUUAGAUUAGAUACCUGCAUGAAAUUUUUAGCAGUUAAACAUUUCUUUAAAAAAAAAAAUAAAAAAAAAAUCUGCAUCCUGCUCUCUCUUAACCCUGUACCGUUACUA